AUGUUUAUGGCAAGGUCAGAAUACGAUCGGGGCAUCAACACCUUCUCCCCGGAGGGACGCCUCUUCCAAGUCGAGUACUCCCUGGAGGCCAUCAAGCUCGGCUCCACGGCCAUCGGCGUGGCCACGUCGGAGGGUGUCAUCCUAGGUGUCGAGAAGCGCGUGACCUCGACGCUGCUAGAGACGUCGUCGGUCGAGAAGAUUGUCGAGAUCGACCGCCACAUCGGCUGCGCCAUGUCAGGUCUGCAGGCCGACGCUCGCUCCAUGGUCGAGCACGCCCGCGUCGAGUGCCAGUCCCACACCUUCAACUAUAACGAGCCCCUCGGCGUCGAGAGCACUACCCAGGCCAUCUGUGACCUGGCCCUGCGCUUUGGCGAGGGCGCAGACGGCGAGGAGACCAUCAUGUCCCGCCCCUUUGGCGUCGCCCUCCUCAUCGCCGGCUACGACGAGAACGGCCCCCAACUGUUCCACGCCGAGCCCAGCGGUACCUUUUACCGCUAUGAUGCUAAGGCUAUCGGUUCGGGGUCCGAGGGUGCCCAGGCUGAGCUGCAGAACGAAUACCACAAGUCCCUCACUCUCGAAGACGCCGAGACGUUAGUCCUCAAGACCCUCAAGCAGGUCAUGGAGGAGAAACUCGACCACAAGAAUGUCCAGCUUGCUAGUGUCACCAAGGACAAGGGCUUCAGGAUAUACUCGGACGAAGAGAUGGCCAAGGUUGUUGACCGGCUGCCCGCCAACUGA